AUGUUGGUAGUAAAGAUGAAAGGCGAGAAUCAGAAUGCUUCUCUGAAGAAGAGGUUGACAGAACUACAAGAUGAGAUUAAAAGAUUGAGCGAAGAACAAAAAAAAAUUGUGGUAAGAGUGAGAGAAAAUCUAGUCAAGUCAAACCCACAAGUACAGCAACAGCAGCAGCAGCAGCAACAACAGCAACUACAGCAGCAGUCACAGCAACUACAGCAGCAGUCACCUGUUACCCCUAUUGCCACAAUAGGCCAAACUCUAACAGCCAUAGGUCAGCCUCGGAUUGUCAGCUUUCCGACCCAAGGAGGAGCUACUAUUUUACCAGUAGGGAUGGUUGCGGUACCUUUAGCUCACAUGCAGCGUCCUGUAGGGGUGACCCUGCAUCCAGGAAACACAGGGUCCAUGUCUCAGGCCACUAGCAUCUCUUUGAUACCUGCUGGAAUCAUCCGCGGCGGCUGCAACAUCAGCCUCAGCCCCAUCAACAGCGGCGCAACCAUCAGCCUCGGCAACACUGUCAGCGGGAUCAUCCACGGGAGUAUCGGAGUCAGCCACCUCAGCGGUACUAACCACAUCAACACCACUACAAAUGGUAGUGUGGCAGGUUCACAUCUGGGCGUUGUUGAAGGUUGUAAUCAGAAUACUCAUCCAGCUAUUUCCAGUGCUUCAAAUGGUGCUUCCCUGGUCAGUACGGUCAUCCCUUCUAGUGGCACAGCACUGACUAAUCUUACCAACAUGACUAAUCUCAUUAUCGGGACUAAUAUUAGUAACGGGCAGAAUGGCACCAGUCACCCGCUGUCAUCCAGUACAAUGAUUAGUGGUAACUGUGCAGGUAUUGUGCCGAACACCUCCACAGUUCUUCCGAUGGCUGCAGCCACACCCGUCAACACAAUAACUGUCAGCAGCUCAGCACCUGGCAUAGUCAUAUCACAGUUCCCACAGCAACCUCUGGUGCAGCCACAGCUUCUUCAGCAACAGCAGCAGCAGAUCCUGCAGAUGAUACAACAGCAGCAGCAGCAACAACAGCCGCAGCAACGCCUGGCCUCUCACACUCCUAUUAAAGUACCACAGUAUACUGCCUCCAUCAUCCGACCUGCAGCCACUUCCGCAUCAGUCCAGGUAAGAGACACGAGAGUUGUGUCCUCUCCGACUGCUUCCAUACCACAGCAAGCCAAACCUGCCAUCAGCAAAGAGACCACAGUUCUCAAAGAGCAACUAUCAGCAGUGAAAGUGGAAGCAGCUAAACCCCACCAGCAGCAGCCAGCCCAGCCACAGACACAGCCACCAAAGCCACCCCUGGAAGGUCCAGCAGAGCAGCCCAUGGUGGAGCAGCCCCCAUUGGAGCAGCCAGCGGCAGUGGUUGUUAGUCAUGAUCAGGAAAAGUUGGGAUUUAUGAAAGUGUUGGACUUGUACACCAUUGAUGCCAUCAAAGAAGUGAUGAACAGAAGAAUGGAGCGGAAACGUCGAACAACAGCCAACCCUAACUAUAGUUUUGGAUUUGAAUUUACAUUUGCCAUCAAAAUGCUGUGGACAAGCGUGAUUAUUAAUUCACAGUCUGAUUUUGACAUGUUUGUGUGUACUAGAGGCAUUUGUCACAGUAUUUGUAACAGUUGCCAUAAUUUAUGCAGAGUGACCUAUCAUAGUUUAUGCCAGGUAGGGGAUAUUACCCUUCCCCCUCGGCAUUUGCUCAUUUU